AUGUCUACCGUAUUGGCCGGCGUGCGAUACACCGUCUUCGCUUCCUUACUCGUCUCGCUCGUCGGUGCUGGGUUCUCCGCCGUCUCCGCCAUUCCAGCCAUCAUCUUUCCACACUCAAAGCUUCUCGCCUACUUCAACAUCUUUUGGCCAUUACUUGCGAGCGCAUUCGCCUUUGUCGCCGCCGUCUUACUCACGGUGUUGAUCUCUGGGGUCUUCUCGGUGGCUGGUGACAUCAUCGAUGUUGCUGGGGGAAAGCUGGAUCAAGAGACUAAUCUCUUCUGGUACGAAGGCAAACUUAAGAAUGAGAGUCCGAAGCGCGACGACACAGAUGUACUUGCAGGCUUCGCGGGGGUUACAAGGGUGAAAGAUGAAUGGCCGGGAUUUAUUGAUUUAUCGGAUGACGAGCUGGCUCGACAGCUUCGGGCGGCUGGAGGCGAUAUCCAUAACAUUGUGGCAAUCGGUCUUGGAAGCCUUCUCUACAGCGAGACCGAAGACUAUGAAGACAGCUUGUGGCAGCACAUGUUGGUUCGUAGGAUCUUCGAAGCCGCGUACAAAAUAGAGCCAGCAAACGAAGCACGUUGGAGGGUUCUUCUCGAGGAUUGUCACUACUAUAAGGAUGACUGCCAAUAUCUGGCUGAUGACUUCCUGGACCAGAAGUACCUUAACAAAGGGGUCAAAGUCGAAGCGACCAACGGUGGAACGGGCUGGACCGGCACUCAAAAAGACAGCGGCGACUACAUCUUUAUGACUUUCAAACCCAUAGACUCCAUUCGACAGAUUCUGGCCUGGUACACUUGGAAGGAUGGGGAUCAUAGAGAAAAUUGGGACGAUAGAGAAGAGCCCAAUGCUAUCAUGCCACGCGCGAUUAUCUGCCGAUAUUCAACAGAGAUCCUGUUUCCAAAAAAUACUCGGGAACGUGGAACAUUGGCACCGAAUGAGCCUCGUGAAGAUGAUACCGAUACGCGUGUCGACAAGUGGUUCAGCAGAUACAAAGAAGUCCAUAGGUUUACGAUAGAUGACCAUCGGCCAUUCGAGGGGAAAAUGUAUCUUUGGAUCUUGAGGCCCAGAGAAGAAUGGCUCGAAGGCUGCCGAACUUAUGACUAG